AAAGAAAAAAAUUAAGAACAAACAAUGAUUGUGUUUUACUUCUUUUGCCAGUUCUUUUUAGGUUAAUUUUAAAACAAGUAAUUAAUAAUAAAGUCAAUCUGACGUUUUGUCUCAAUACUGAACACAGAUUUUGAUUUUAGCAGUACAUUGCCUCGUUUAGUGUUUGUUUAUGUAUAAUAUAUGUAAAUUACACCAUUUGAACAAGACUAUAUUAGUGUAAUUAUUUCUUAGUGUAAUUAUAUACAUAUAAAAGUGUGUAAACUCAUCAUGACAUUAUAGCUCCUUGCCAAUACGAAUCUUUUUACGUGAUUUUGGAGACACACAAACUAUAAUAAAAUAAUAAAAAAUCAUAUUUGAAAUUAUAUAUCACACAUAUUUGGCGUUACACGUUGAUAUUAUCGUUAUAUUUGUACGUACCUACAACACAAUACGCGUAUCUGCCAAGUCAUGGUGACGAGUCGAUCGCGACGCAAGUAAUAGAGAUAACACAAUAGUAUCUAAAUAUUGAGUGGGGCAGAGCUGUUUAUGGACACAAGACGCAACAGUGGCUCGUCGAUUCCGCAGCACGCUAGCCGACCGCAACGCUUGCAACAUGCCUGAGCUAAAACGAUUCUCGCGCAGAGAAGUUGCCGAACGUAGCACUAAGCAACAGGCAAUGUUUAUAAUCUACAACCAGGUGUACGAUGUGACAAAGUUCCUCGAUGAUCACCCUGGUGGCCACGAGGUGCUUCUUGACGUCAUCGGUAAAGAUGCAACCACGGACUUCAAAGAUAUCGGCCACAGUAGUGACGCCAACGACAUGAUGAAGAAGUACCACAUCGGCGAUGUGAUUGAAGAAGAUAAGAUAGUAUACCAAAAGCCAAAAGCAGCUUGGGUCGACACUGAUGAGACAGCCGAGUCCAUGAACGACAGCUUUCUCAACUCGUGGAAAUUUCCCGUAGUGCUAGGUUUACUAAUGACGGUACUCUACUCAUAUAUAUUAGGAUAGCGCACGCGCCACCUGGGAUUCUAUCAAACGAUUUUAUAGUAUAAAGACAAUUUCGUCCUCGUUACAACUAUACUUAUUGUAAAAUGUUGUUUCAAGUGAGUGAUGCUAAAAUACGUAUCGUAUAUAAUAAUUAUAUUUGUUACAUGUUUUUAUAAGGAAGUUAUUUAUUUUAAUUCUAUUUUGAUUUUAUACGAUUGUUUUUGGAUAUUCUGUUGUAUAACACAUUAAAGGAGUAAAGUAAUAGUA